AGAUAGUUUAAUAUUUGUAAGAAAGCAAACAUUAGCAAAGGGUAAUUUGCAAGGCAUUCCAACAAAUCCUUACACUUCAUGCAAUUUCAUAUUUUUUCCUUUUGUUCGUUUUAAAUAACUGUCUCUUUUGCAUCCUCCUAUUCAUUAAGUUCCUUUUAUCCCUUCCCUCUCAAAUCCCUGAAACAACCAACCCAAAUUUCACAAAUUAUCUUCUAUUUUCCAAAUAUCACUUAUACCAAAAAAUGAAAUAUAGAAGAAUCUCAUUAUCUCUAUCCAUAGGCAUUGCCAUAAUUGCCAUUUUAGCAUCCAAACCUCUCUUUAAAACACAUCCUGAAGCUGUUAUGCACAAUCCUUUUGAUAUUUUACAUGGUAUCAAAUCAAUAUCAUAUUCAGUCAAAAAAUCCUUUUAUGGUCACCAUCAUCAUCAUCAUCAUAAUCAUCAUCAUCACCAUCAUAGACCUUCGGAUACCAAAAAAAAGGUAUCAAUAUGUGACGAUUUCCCUAAAAAUAUACCUCCAUUGGACACCGACACAACGUCCUAUCUCUGCGUGGAUAAGAACGGUUGCUGCAAUUUCACGACGGUGCAAUCUGCCGUGGACGCAGUGGGGAAUUUUAGUCAGAGAAGGAACGUGAUUUGGAUCAACUCCGGCAUGUACUAUGAAAAAGUGGUGAUUCCGAAGACUAAACCAAACAUAACGUUGCAAGGACAAGGGUUCGAGACUACGGCCAUAGCAUGGAACGACACGGCCUACUCAGCUAAUGGCACAUUUUACUGUGCCUCGGUCCAAGUCUUCGGUUCUCAGUUCGUUGCGAAGAACAUUAGUUUCAUGAACGUGGCUCCGAUACCAAAGCCAGGAGACGUAGGAGCUCAGGCGGUGGCGAUAAGAAUUGCCGGAGAUGAAUCAGCGUUUGUAGGAUGCGGUUUCUUCGGAGCUCAAGACACUCUUCAUGACGAUAGAGGUCGUCAUUACUUCAAAGAUUGUUACAUUCAAGGCUCCAUUGAUUUCAUCUUCGGCAACGCUAAAUCUCUCUAUCAGGACUGUCGAAUAAUAUCAAUGGCUAAUCAAGUGAGCCCAGGGUCAAAAGCGGUCAACGGAGCCGUGACUGCAAACGGGCGUAGCUCCAAGGACGAGAACAGUGGCUUCUCCUUCGUCAACUGCACGAUCGGUGGCACUGGUCACGUGUGGCUCGGUCGUGCAUGGCGGCCUUACUCACGUGUGGUCUUCGUUUCCACUACCAUGACCGAUGUUAUCGCACCUGAAGGCUGGAACAAUUUCAACGAUCCCUCUAGGGACGCGACUAUAUUUUAUGGAGAAUAUAACUGUUCGGGUCCAGGAGCCGAUAUGUCAAAGAGGGCAGCAUAUGUGCAGAAGCUUAAUGAGACUCAAGUUGCUCUAUUAAUUAACACGUCUUAUAUUGAUGGAGAUCAAUGGUUACAGUUUUCUGACCUUUAAAUAAAAUAUAUCAAUCAAAACUCGUUGGAAUAAAAAUAAUAAUUAUCUUGAAUCGGAACAUAUUAUUGGACAAAA